AUGAUUCUAUUAUUACUCAAGAGACUUUUAGAACAGCCACAUUUACUUCCAAGCAAGCCAACCUUGUGGCCCGUUUAUCAAAUUGACGAAGACCUCGAGUAUGUUCAGACGAAUGGUCGUAGGAUGAUUAUGCGCAAAGGACAGCGCCGAGUAGGAGCUACUUGCCAACUGUUUGAGGAUGAUCCUUAUAAGGACAUUGAUAUGGACGAGAUAUGGUGUCUUCCCGAAUCUCCCAGCGACUUGCAGAAAAUGCCACCAGUAAAACACACAUUAAAGAGUCACGAUCUACAAAUAUUGGCACGCAAGGCAAUGGCCAUGGUUGAAGAAGAAGCGCGGCUGUAUCGUACUCUUUGCCAAUUCACAGAAAUGCUUCAAGGGGAUGAUCCUGAUACUCAAGACAUGAAUAUAUUGGAAGGUUUAUCAGAAAGUGUGGCGACUGAAUUGCAAGAUGAUGUCGAGGAUUUACUGGGGUGUGUAACUGAAACUAUUGGGAGGCUACAAGACAGCCGUAAAUUUUUAAUCAAGGCCUCAAUACAAAAGAGGGAGCUAGCAGACAAACUAAGGCUUUUAUGA